AUGGCCAAAGCUGUGGUGGUUGGAAUCAGCGGGUGUUCGUCCAGCGGGAAGACGACUCUAAGCCGACUGCUUCGGGACAUAUUUCCCAACGCCUUUGUUCUCCACGAGGAUGAUUUCUAUAAGGCUGAUACAGAGAUACCGAAGAAGGAUGACGUCCUCGACUGGGACUGCGCGGAAUCCCUCUCAAUUCCAGACAUCGUCAAAUCCCUCGAUCAUAUCAGUCAACAUGGCACAUUUCCACCAGAUCUAGACUCAAAGGAAGAUCAAAAUUCGGUCGGCAAAUGUCCUGUCCCAGACGCAAAAAUCGAAUCACUGAAAGCCAAAGUCAAGGGUUGGAUGGAACCCGGAAAUCCCGGCCACGGAAUUUUUGAUUCGGUGCCUGACGGCAGGAGGCUCUGUAUUUUUGAUGGAUUUCUCCUUUACUCGGAGCCCAUGGCACCAAUACAAUCACAGAUUGACAUCAAGCUUUUCUUACGCGCAAGUUAUGCAAAAGCAAAGGCUCGACGAGAAGCACGGAGUGGCUAUGUCACGCUCGAGGGUUUCUGGGCGGAUCCCCCUGGAUAUGUCGAUAAGAUUGUGUGGCCAAACUACGUGGAAGAUCACAAGUGGAUGUUUGAGAAUGGGGAUGUUGAGGGGAAGUUAAAGGAUGAGGUGCUAAGGGAGCGAAACAUCCACAGCCAGCCGGGGCCGUGUGAUGAGGAGCUGACAAUGACAUUAGAGUGGGCGGUCGAAUUGAUAAUGCAGCAGCUACCGUUAGUGGCGGCUCGUAUAUGA